UUUUAUUUCCUUUCCAGAAUCCAACAUGUCCACGCCCACUUCCCCGAAGACGCCCACGCCGCCCACUUUGCCGCCGGGCGUGACAAAAACGUGUCAUAUAGUCAAAAGGCCUGAUUUCGAUGGUUAUGGCUUUAAUCUGCACUCGGAGAAGGUGAAGCCAGGCCAAUUCAUUGGCAAAGUGGACGCCGAUUCCCCGGCGGAGUCGGCUGGCUUGAAGGAGGGCGAUCGCAUCCUGGAGGUCAACGGCGUGUCCAUUGGCAGUGAAACGCACAAGCAAGUGGUGGCCAGGAUCAAGGCCAUUGCCAACGAAGUCCGCUUGCUCCUCAUCGAUGUGGAUGGCAAGGCCAUAGAGGUGAAGCCCGCAUCUCCGCCAGCAGCAGCUGCCUGCAAUGGCAACGGAAACGGAAGUGCCAGCCCGAACGGAUACGAGGGCACCAAACAGGAGAUGCCCGGAGCCAGUGCUAAUAUCAGUAGCAUCAGCAUGGUGAGCACCAAGCGAUCCUCAAACGCCAGCAGCAUUCAGAGCGGCAGCACCAUGAAUGCCUCCGAUUUGGAUGUGGUCGAUAGGGGAGUCCCGGCAGCCCCGGCACCAGUUGCUACUCCACCUCCUCCUUCUGCUACCCUUCAAAAUGGAAGUAAACCCUCGUCGCCUAUUAACAAUAACACUCUGAUGAGCACGCCCCCACCGCCCUCAGCCACCAAGGCGGGCAUCAAUAACAACGGCAGCGUUUACAACACCAAUGGCAAUGGCACAAAUGGCACCGCCACGCCCAUCACGCCUCCGCCCCCAGCGAGCGGUGGCAAUCGGGCGGGCAGCCUGAAUCUUCCACUGACAGCCGCCGAAAUGCGAGCCAAGUUGGCCUCCAAGAAGAAGUACGAUCCCAAGAACGAGAGCGUGGACCUCAAGAAAAAGUUCGACAUCAUCCAGAAGCUCUGAGAGAAUGGAAACCAACCCAACACCAUACUUGUUAUAAUGUCAGGAUGAGGAG